UUUGUGGACCAGUGACGAUCGUUCUGCUUGCGUGCCACUUCCAAGAAGAAUCUGUGAUCCGUUCCUUGGCAAAAAGUAAAUUUGUUCUGCUCUGGCUGACGAAACAUCGAGGCAAACCGCGUAAAGGUCACGCCAUCGUCAGUCGCUUAGAAUAACCGCGGUGUCGUUAAAGCAACAGGCCGUGAAUCAGUCUGGUGUUGUCGUGGUGAUAAGCCUACGCCGAUUCCAACUAAAGGAGAAUCUACCCGCGCUGCACUGAAAAUGGUCUUCCCGACGAGCCUCCAGCAAGCGUCUCCCGAGUGGCGUCGCACAUUCGAAACCAUCAAAGCUGGCCACGACGAAGCGUACCGUACGAUCGAGCGUGCGAUCAAGCUAGAGGAGCACGAACGGCCGGAUCUGGCGCUGCAAGCGUACAAGGACGGGAUCCGACAGAUCGACGAAACGCUGGCCCUUCCGGUGGAGGUUCCGCAGGGCCCGGCGGACGUCGGCGACGGUAGCACUCGGCAGCUGACGAGCGACGAAAGUUGGCAGCAAGCGAUCGCAAUGAUACACAAGAUGAAGCGGACCCGCGGUGAGGUGCUGCAGCGUCUCGGUCAACUCGGUGGUGGUGCUGGUGAUGCUGGAACCGAGGACGGCGGAACUCUGUCAACGUCAGCGGGACAGCGCCCGUGGACGUACACCGAGCUAGCGAUGGCACUGCGUGAAAUGUCUGCCUCACGGCCACCCGAGGACGAUGGCGAGGACGGAUCUUCCGCGUCGUCGUCGUCUUCGUCGCCGCACCUGGAACUGCUCUUCUCGUGUCCCGGCGUCCAGGUGUACUACAUCGAACCCGAUGGCGUUGUGAGCCAUUCGAUGGCCGACUCUACGCUGCGCAUCGUGCGGAUCGAGGCCGACGAACGGCGCCGAUUACAGGAAACCGUUUUCCUGCAGGUCAUCGAGACACGGGCCGCGACACGCAUUGAAUGCGCCGAGGAACCACUUCUGGUCGAAGUCGAGGAAGUGCAGGAAGCCACUACAGAUCCUCCUGCGGCCCGUGUCACCGUCGUUGAAGAAGUGUCCGAAGAGAGAGAGUGUCCUCCACCGGCAGCUUUUUUCCUGUAUCCCCUCAUUCCGGGCGUUUCGCCCUGUUACCGGACCGAGUACGGUGCGUUCAUACUGCCCGACCUGCAGACCACCGGCGGGGAGCAGGACGGCCGUGCCAUCGGGUUGGUGGUACCACCCGGUGCGGACGAAGUCGUACUGGAGAUUCUGAUCGCCCUGCUGCACGGUAUCGUCACGCAACCGAGCGAUGCGCGCAUCCGGAAGCGGUCCCUUGGUCUGCCCGAUUCGAACACCGUGUCGGCGGGGAUCAUCCGGGGCGCUUACUACGUGUCACGUGGAUUGGUCCGCGGUGCGGAACGAACCGGGCAGCUGAUUGCCACCGGCACACCGUACGUUAUAUCGAAACUGGGCCCGAAAGCCACCGGCCAAUCCGCACCGGAGGGCGAGCCCACCGUGCACGUACCACCGACGGUUCGCACCGGCAUUGAGAUGGCCCGCAGCGUCACGGGGACGGCGGCCGGCGUGACGAGUUACGUGGCGGGAAAGGUUGGUUCGGCCACGAUGGCACUGGGGCGCUUUCUGGCACCGCACAUCCAGCGCCACGGGAGCGCACUGCUGGCGUACGGUACCGGAAUGAGCGAAGCGGCCGCUUCGGAGCGUAUGAACGGAGCGCUUACGAUCUGUGCCGGAGCGGUCGAAGGAUUCGGAACGGUGUACGAGGGCCUCGAACGUUCGGCGGGCAUUCUGGGGAAAAGCUUAAGCUCCAGCACGGUACAGAUCGUGGAGCACCGGUACGGCGAGGAAGCGGGCCGGGUGGUGGGCAGUGGGCUCGAUACGGUCGGCAACGUGAUCAACGUGUCGCACAACAUCAACUACAUCACGCCGAAGGGGCUCGCCAAGCGGACGGCCAAGAAUGCAGGGAAAGCGCUCGUCGCCGGCUAUCGGCCACCGGUGCCGGAAGUGGAUGCGCUACUGGUCGAACCGGGAUCGAGCGGCAAUGCGAUCGCUUCUUCGAGCGCUCCGGCCAUCGUCGGUGCCAGCAGUCAGUCAGUCACCACCGUGCCCGCGGCCGUACUCUAUCCCGAUCUGGAAGGGCUAGCGAAGCAGAUGCGCCAGCUGGAUGGCAUGUAGAACGUGGCCAGUAAGAUGCAAGACAGUAGAAUUUAACUUACCUGACAGCCUGACAGGAAUCUCCGAACAGAAUCUGAGCAAAUAUAUACAUUGUUAUUUGUGAUUGUUAUCGUCGCGUGUGGUGAUCGGAACACUGAGAAUCUCGGAAUAGUGGAACUCAUAUGCUUAGCCUUUAUCCAUUCGGCCCUUUGGCACUAUAGGAGCGGUCGAAACUCAAUACAAUAAAUAGUGAUAAUGUACAACACACAAACUGAAAUAAAA